ACAUAUUUACUGAGCAAUUUCAUUCUUUCAACUUCAAAUACUCUACGCUUAUCCCGUGACGUAAAUUCUUCUCUUCAAAACAAUAACAGAAAGAAUUGGGAUUUUAAAGUAUAUGAUGAGUAUACUGCGAUGUUUCUAAAAAAUGCAAAUUUUGAAGAAGCUGAAGAUUAUGGAUUACAAGCAAUGAAUUUUUUGUUUGAAAUAGAAGAAAAAAAAAUAUUUGAAAAGGGAUUAUUUUUGAAUUCCAAUCAUCCAGCACACUACGUUGCAGCAUUCAAUUAUCAAACUGAUGAAGCAAAAAGCUUCGCUAGAGUAGCAUAUGCUGCUUUGAAAGGCUCCAGAAAUUUGAUUGAAAAGUUUUUCAAUGAAACUUUAACCAAUAAUUUGGAGUGGAAAUCUUCAGCAUUGUGGACGCGACAAACAGCAGGAUUCCAAGAACGUUGUCCCCGGAAAAAUAAGCCCAGUUGUCCUCCAGCGAGUAUUAAAUAUCGAACGGCUGAUGGGAGAUGUAAUAAUUUACAACAUCCUUGGUGGGGAUCAGCUAUGUCAACAAUGCAAAGCCUAUUGUUUCUCACCUUCAUACUAGUAGUCAGUUUAAAGAAUACUCAACAUCAACAAUCAAUUAUAUUCUGUUUGAUCGAUUAUGUUCAUGUUUUAAACUAUGUCUAUUUUCGAUACAAAUAG